GCCGUGACGAUCUCCAGCAGCGGCUCGAACUUGCUGAGCGGCCACGGCGCGAAGGCCCGCACCUCGAGGGCGAUGGUGUCGGGGUCGCCCUUCGACGGCAGCUGCAGCAGGACCUCCCAGCCCAGCUCCGUCUCGGUCAGCUCCAUGCCCAUCGUGUCGCGGCACUCCGCCUGGGGGCCGCCAGGCGCUGCAGCCGCCUGCAGCGCCCCCUCGGUCCAGACGGUCCCCCCGCCGCCGUCCUGCUCGUCGUCCGCUGAGAUCCCCCGCCGACUCCUGCCACUGGCCCCGGCACAACUGCCUCGCCAGGCGCAGGGACUCCACCCGCACGCGCGAGCGCAGCGUCCGCCACGCCAGGUCCUCCUCGGCCGGCCGCUCGCCCGAGGCCUCGCCUGGGGCCGCGCCGGCGGCGGCGGCCACCACGGCUGCCGCGUCGGCCCCGUCCACCUCCAGGCCCGCAUCGCCCGCUCCGCGGCCACCACCCGGGCGCCCAGCACCUCCGAGGGCACGUCGUCCUCCCCGACCUCGACCUCCAAGAGCUUGAGCGACUCGUACUCGCGCAGCAGGCUGGAGUCCGUGGUGUUGAUCACGUCGAGCAGGAAGGCCUCCACCUCGAGAACGGAGUCCGUCUUGAACUCCUCGGGGAUCGUCUGCCGCAGCGUCUUGUGA